UUCAUCUUCAAACAUCCCAUAAUCAACAAGUACUAAUCAGCUGGGAAAUUAACUACUGUUCUUGAAAUUGAUUAUUGAUUAAUUAAUUAAUUCAGAAACGCUCAUUAAUUACCGAUUAAAACAAUGGCGAUUCUGCAGCGUUUCCUUCUGGCUUCGGUGUUUGUUUCUUGCUUGGUUGCCACUUGCUACGGCGGCGUUUCCUUCAAAUCUCUUCACCCAACUCUCACCGUCACCGCCACACACAAAGAAGGAGUUCUGAAAGCUGGGUUGGACAACAUCACGGUGACGUGGGCGCUGGACCCGAGCGCGCCAGCUGGCACCGACGCUUCAUACAAGACGAUUAAGGUGAAGCUAUGCUACGCGCCGGUGAGCCAAGUUGACCGCGGCUGGAGGAAGACAAAAGACGACCUCACAAAGGACAAAACCUGCUCCCACAAGAUCGUCGCCAAACCCUACAUCGCCGGCGGCGCCGUCGCCACCGCCACCUGGACGGUGCAGAGGGACGUCCCCACCGCAAAGUACUUCGUCAGGGCAUACGCACACAACGCUUCUGACAUGGAAGUGGCGUACGGACAGACAACAAGCACCGAAAAGAAGACGAACCUGUUCGACAUCGAAGCUGUCACAGGACGACACGUGUCACUCGACAUAGCGUCGAUCUGCUUUUCCGCUUUCUCGGUUGUUUCUCUGUUCGGAUUCUUCUUCCUCGAGAGGAGGAAGACCAGGAUUGCUGAAGCUAAGUGAUCGAUGAGGGUUUUUUCUAUCUCGUGGUUUUAUUUUUAUUUCAACGCUUUUAUCUCGUUUCUGUUGUGUGUACAAGUAAAAGCGUGUUUUUCUUUACAUUUUUUUUUUAUGUUUUAUAAUUGUGUUUGAAAUUUGAUUGUAUCAAUUGUCUGAAAGGAUUUGUUGGUAUUUGGUGCUUUUGUAAGGGAUAUGAAAAAAACGCCUUAUAUACGAUGUAUAAUUAAUUAUAAGGUUGGUCGAGA